AUGGUGAAGGAAGAAUGGAGAGAACUAGGUGACGUACAAUUCUUACAGAAGAUGAAAGCACUGUCAGAACCACUACGUAGAUGGCAUAAGCAAUAUUUUGGGGAUAUAGCUGAGCGGAUUAAGAAGUUUGAGGAAGAGAUCAGAAAGGUGGAUGAUAUGGUUACUAGUGGACGAUAUGACGGUACAAUAGAGGCAAGGAGAAGGGCAUUAGUGAGGUACUGCGAAAAGUGGUCUCUAAGACAGGAUGUGCAUUGGAAGCAAAUGUCAAGAUCUCGACAUGCCAAUAAGAUAGAUCUGAGGAAUCAAGCAAGAAUCAUGGUUGCGGUCCGGGAGUUUUACAAAUACAUGUACCACCAGGAAGCGUCCCCAAGGGUGAGCUUUAGGGAUGGAUUAGUAAAUUGCUUAGAGAGGGAGGAAGCGGAAAACUUAGAGGCGCUACCAUCAGUAGAGGAAAUGAAAGAGGCAGCUUGGAAUUGUGAAUCUUCUAAAGCUUCAGGGAGUGACGGAUACAACAUAAAUUUUAUAAAAAAGUGUUGGAAUGAGAUUGGAACGAAAUUCACUGCAGCUGUGAUGAAUUUCUUUGAGACAGCUAGAUUACCAGCAGACGCUAAUGUCACAUGA